AUGCUUUCCAACAGCAUUUCCUUCCUUGCCACUGCCGCGUUGGUCGCGCAGGUCUCUGCUUUCCCUGCGCUGCAAGAGCGGGCUACUGCGGACACUGCUGCUUGGUCCUUCCUGCAGCGUGCUGCUGACCUGUCGUCAGCUGCGUACACUGGAUGCAUUGGAACGGCUUUCGAUGUCACCAUUACCAAGCAGAUUUAUGAUCUGACAACCAAUGCUAAGGGCUUUGUUGGAUAUUCCACUACGAACAAGAAGAUCUCUGUCGUCAUGAAGGGAUCUACUACUGAGACGGAUAUCAUCAACGACAUCGACACCACGCUGGUUACUCCCUCCCUUUCCGGCGUUACAUUCCCCUCUGGUGCUCAGAUCAUGCACGGUAUUAGCAGCCCUUGGUCUGCCGUUCACGACACUAUCAUCUCGGAAGUCAAGACUUUGGUGGAGAAGUACCCGGACUACACUCUGGAGUCGACCGGACACUCCCUGGGAGGAGCCCUUACUUACAUGUCUUAUGUUGCCUUGUCCGCCAACUUUCCCGACAAGGAAGUUACCAGCAAUGCUAUGGCUGCGUUCCCGAUCGGCAACCAGGCCUGGGCCACCUUUGCCAACUCUUUCAACGGCACCCUGAACCGCGGCAACAACAUUGAUGACGGUGUGCCGAAUAUGUACGUCCAAGCCCCAUACAACUUUGUUCACUACGGAACCGAGUACUACAGCUCUGGAUAUCAAGCCAGCGUCGUGAAGUGCUCCGGAGAGCGUGACCUUGCUUGUUCUGCUGGAAACGGACAGUACAGUGUGACCCCUGGUCAUUUCUACAGCUUUGGUGUCGGGCUUGGCUACGCUGGAUGUUUCUCGCUGUAA